AUGCUGCUAAAACAUAACGAAAAUGAACUAUUUUUGAAAGAAAUCAUUAUGGAUGAUAAAGAAGACUUAAAUACAACAAUACUCAAUGCAAACGAUCAUGCCAAAUGCAAUUUCGAUCAGGAUAUUAAACCACAUCGAUUGAGUUUAGAUGUUGGGGACUCUGUGAAAUACGUCAGUGAAUUGUCCACUGUACGGGAUUGUGCCACGGAAUGCGUUGAGAAAGAGGUUUGGGAGACUCAAACAUUUUGCUGCGAUCAAGAUGGCUGCAACGGCGCAAAUGAACUACAAAUAUCAAAGUUCAUUUUAAUAUUAUGCUUGCCUAUUAUAUACAUGGUCUACAGUUCUAUCGGAAGUGUGUUUAAGGCUCGUCGUUAAGGUUCAAAACUUAAAAAAAAAACAAUUUUAAUUUUUAAUUAAUUUUAAAUAAUUUUAAUUAAGU